AUGAUAACAACUAGUAAUGAAUAUUGUUCGUAUUGUCAACAUUCAUCUUUUGUACCUCUUCGUUCAACUUGGGCAAGAGCUGUUUUGAACAAAAUGGAAAGUGAUCGAUGUUUGAAAAAUAUCGAUCGAAAUAACUGGUAUCGAUUAUCACGCUAUGAUCUUUUACGUAAAGAAUAUCAACAAUGUUUUGAACAACUGUAUGAAGAUGAAGAAACGACAGUAUUCAUGAAAGAAAGUGAAAAAAGAUCAGAUAAUGUUCCUUUACAAAUUAUUCAUAGUCUACUUACUUCAUUGUUAACUCUUUUUAUUACGCGCACAUCAGCCAAUGGUUUGAUUGGUCGUGGUCGUAUGUUUGUUUAUUCGAAAGCUCAAUUUAAAACUUUACUUAACAUAGAAUCACAUGAAGAAUCUUCUCGAUUCAAUAGUCUUCUUGAUAUUGGUGCUGGCGAUGGUUCAGUAACUGAACGAAUGUCUAGUCUAUUUAAAAAUGUUUACGUAACAGAAUUAUCUUCAGCAAUGCAAUGGCGCUUAUCAAAUUAUGGUUAUACAGUUUUAGACACGGAUCAUUGGCAAAAUUUAACAUUUGAUGUUAUAACAUGUUUAAAUGUUUUGGAUCGUUGUGAAAAACCAUUAACAUUACUAAAACAAAUGCGUCAACAUUUAAAUUCUAAAAUUGGGCGUUUAAUUAUAAGUCUUGUUUUACCAUUUAAACCUUAUUUUGAAUAUAAUAAUAAUCAUUAUCCCGAUGAGACCAUAGCAAUAGAAGGCGAUUUACCCGAAGAACAGAUAAAUAGUUUUCUAUUAAAUGUUCUUCAACCGCUAGGUUUUCGUUUAAAAAAAUUAACACGCUUACCAUAUUUAUGUGAAGGCGAUAUUGAACGUAGUUAUUACUUUCUGUAUGAUUAUAUAUUUGUACUAGAGAUGUCAUGA